AUGCGGCGCGCACUGCUGCAGCUCGGUUGCUUCCUCCUCCUGCUUUAUCUGCUCCUGGACAGAACCAGUUUUGCCCAGGGGCUGGAGGAGGAGGAGGAGGAGGAGGAGGAGGAGCAGGGGAAGGAAGAUCAGUUCUGUCCUGAUGUUUGUGUAUGCUACGGCCAGUCGAUUGUCUGUCGCAGACCCGAGGCCACUACACUUCCCAGUCGUCUACCCCACAUUCUGCCGGAGCCAAAUGGCGGGGCUCUGCAGUACUUCGCUCAGAUGCGAACCAAAUUGGCAGCUCUACCAAAUGGCUCCUUUGCUGACCUUCUUGACCUUGAACAGAUCGACUUAUCAAACAAUGAGAUUACCACGGUGGAUGAUGGGGCCUUUGAGAACCUACCCUCACUGAGGGAACUAUCACUGCGUCACAACAGGCUAACACGUCUGCCUGACAACUUUAUGGAGCAGUUUCCCAGUCUGGAGGUCCUCGACCUCUCACUGAACAGCCUAUCUGUCCUGCCUCUUUCCCUCGAACGACUUGUCAACCUGAAGAGCCUCAAUCUGAUGGGCAACCCCAUCCACUGCUCCUGUGCUCUCAUUGACCUGGGUCUGCUUCUUCGGCAAUUGGAACCAGUUGGCAGUCAUGCGACCUGUGCUCAACCGAUGCAGGUGAAGAAUCAGAAGCUAGCAAGUCUUGCCAAAAAGUAUGCUUCUGUCUACAAUGGAACUCGUCACCUGGGCUAUAUGGCCGACCCAAGUCUGUAUCCUGAGGAGGCCAUUGAGGGUGCAGGCGGUCCAGUCCGGCCUUGGCCUCUGCCGCACUGUCCCGUCGGACGCGUGGGCGGAGAGCUGCCAGCGGAGGAGGCUGUGGGUGAACGUAGCGACAGGGCGCCGACGAUUGUCGCUGCACCACAGGGCGUUUCUGUCGCCGAGGGAGAGAGGGCAUUUUUCAGGUGCGAAGCCGACGGAUGGCCGCUGCCGGUCAUUUCUUGGAUCCUGCCAACCAAUCGCACGAGUUUCGUGCGCCUAUGGGAUCGACGACGUGUAAGUGCCAAUAAUUAAGUAUAUAUGAGGGAUAUAGGCAGAACCAUGGAAAACCCUAUUCACAGAUAGACGUAUGAAAAAACAUGCAGAUAUUUACAUAGCAAUUAUGCCAGUAAUUGAUAUCGUCUACAUGUUUGACCAUCAAGCAUAAAUUUAUCUAGUCAUCUUUUGAAGGUCUCAACGUUUUCCGCUAAGACAACUGAUUUCGGCAAUUUUUUCCAUCCUUCAACCAGUCGGUGGGAGAAGAAUUUGACCCGCAAUUCGAGUUUUAGCUUCAAUUUGUAUUUGUGGCCUCGAAGACUGGUCGUCCGCGCCAGUUCGAAGAAAUUGUCAAACUGAAGAACAUAGUCUAGCCCCCUGACGAUCCUAAAUGCCAUGAUCAUAUCCCCUCUGUACUGUCUGUAAGAGAGAGUAAAUAUUUUUAACUUUUGCAGGAGUCUCUCAUGAUCCGCCGACUAGCUUGGUCGCUCUUCGUUGUACGUCCUCCGAUAGGGUGCAAUCUUGUUUCGUCCAGGGACACCAUGCCUGCACACAAUAUUCCAACAUUGGUCGAACGAGUGCUCCAAAUACUCGGCCGAAAAGUUCUUCAUCGAAAGUGAGGAAGGAUCUUCUAAUCGCGCAUAGGAUACCUAUAACUUUCUUUGAUAUCUUGGCGCAGUGAGAGGAUGGUUUGAGAGUCGACGUCAUCCACACUCCGAGGUCUCUUUGUUCGUUGACUGAUUCGAACUGGUGACCUCUUAUAAAGUGGUGAUAUUCAAAUCUUAACGGCCUCCUGUUGCUGGAUCGUAAUCGGAUAAGUUGGCAUUUGUUACGGUUGAGGCUAAGAAACCACUCAUCACACCACUGUUGCGAGCGAUACAGAUUGUCUUGUAACUGUACAAUACUUACACCUUUUGACAUUUUUUUCUAAUCUCAAAUUGUCUUUCACGUCUCUGCGAAGGUUUAUUCUCUUUUGGCGCCUGCCACUGUGUUUUAAAAAAUCGCAAAAUAACUUCUACAAGUUGUUUGCCCUUGUUACGUACAGUCAGUGACGGACUUCAUGAAAUGCUAGGCGAAAUCCUGAAAUGCUUUUGAUUAGGAAGGAUUACAUUAGCAGGAUUGUAAUAUUCAUCAUCCUGCGGCAUAAUCCCCAGAAACAUCAGUCGCGUGAGGAGGUUGAUUUUUGAAUGCACUUUUUAGGCUGCCUGCAGAACCGUACAUGGUAAAAAAAUGUCUACCUAAAUAGUGUGAAUGUGUCUCACCGAUUGUCGACACAUUUAUAAAUCCAAUUAUAUUUCAUUGAAAACAUUUCCAAAAGAUAUUUUUUUCUUAUUCGUUUGGUGACAAGUCGGGGAUUCUUUAAAGUAUAUUCACGAAAAAGGGUAUAUUUAGGUUUUGGAAAGAUGUUUCAUUUUCCGAAUAAGUUUGAACCGAAUCUACCGUUGCAUUUGCGUUUGGGGUUUAGAGUCUAUGAGCUGCAUACAUUCCAUGUAAGGAAAAUCAUGAAUUCUUCUAGGCCAUUAAGACGAUAUAAUAUAGGGCGCAUUAACAUUUUUCAAUGCAGGUGAACCAUGUUAUAUAUGUCAUAAGCAGCAUUCAUAGGAGAACAGGUACGAGGCUAUCUGAACGGAUAUCUCACGGUUUUAAAACGUCUCAUGGCUACUGACUUCUUUGAAAACCAAAAUACACCAUUUCUUCAGGUAGGAAUUUUGGAGGAGACGUGAUUUGCUACCAACUGAGCAAGAAAAAGCAUACCCAUGUGUAUGACUUCUAUAAAAUGCAUCUGAAUGUUUAGGGGCAUCUGAACUCAGUAAAAAUGUCAUGCCGCUUAAAUCGCCUUUUUUACCGAAUGCGGUUUUUGCAGGCGGCCGAAAAGAAGUGCAUUUAAAAGCCGGAAUCCUGGCUAGAGAACUAUUCUAUGUGAGCGUCUAUAUUAUAGCCCCACUUAAGUGGUCCUGCUUAGUCGAAAACACAUUUGAGAAUUUCAGUUAACUUUUUAUGAGAUCGAUCAACGACUGUAGAAUACGUGUGAACUCAGCGAAUCGUCGCAGAUGGGUUGGACAGUUCGUGGGUUGGCGUCAAGCGCAGGCGGCAAGAUCUUAUUUCGUAGGGUUAGGGGUUAGGCUGGGCUUUGUCUACUGCAGGUACGGCUACGAAAGAAGAUCCGACAAGCGGACUUGUGAAAAUAGUUCUGCAUGGUUUUUGAGCCUGUUGUAUGAAAUCACCAAAUGCUCACCAUAAUCAAAUUCAUACUUCAAUGAUUCCGGGCAUUUCAGUAUUUGAAUGCCCAGAGUGGUUGGCGAGUAGUUGCGUAAGUUAACCAAUCUUGAAGACUUGCCUUGAACUCAAAUGCCAGUUAUGUUUUAAAAACUAUUACCAAUAUAGCAAUAAUAUGUACAGUGAGUGACCUCUCUCAUGAAAUAUUGACUGAAAUUCUGAAACGAGUUUUCGAUUAGGAAGGAUUACUUAGGCGCGGUCGUUAUACGAAUUAUUUUACAGCCUAAUCGUAUAGUAUUUCGGACUCUGCAGGAUGUCGGCUUUUAAACACACUGCAUUUUACUCUCCUGUAAAAGACGUACUCGGCAAAAAGGAACUACUUAAGUAGCAUGCGUUUUUCUCAUUGAUUUUCGAUGAUCUUGCAAAUUCAAAUAUAUCUUGUAGCAACCAUGAACAAAAAUAAGCUUUCUUUCAGUCAAUUAAUAGAAAAUCACGUCUUCUUUAUAUUUUCUAUUCAAGGAAGGAGUAUAAUUAGGUUUAAAAAAUCUUUUCCAGUUCCCGAAUAAUUUUGAGCCAGAUCUGCCAUUGUAUUAGCGUUUAGCGAUUUCAGUUUGCAAAGUGCAUGCUCUCUACGUAAGGAAAAUCACUUAUUCCUCUCUGCUUUUGGGAAGAAACCAUAAAGAGUUUAUAAAAUUUUGUAAUGGAUCUGGACUAUGUUGUAAAUUUCACGAGGAGCUGUCCUAAACGGCCAGGUACGAUGCUAUGUGAAUGGAAAUUGUGCGGUCUUAAAAAAUUUCAUAAUUAGAAACUUUUUUAAAACCCAAUUAUACUCCUUCCUUGAAUAGAAAAUAUAAAGAAGAUGUGAUUCUCUAUUAGCUGACUGAAAGAAAGCUUAUUUUUGUUCAUGGUUUCUACAAGAUAUAUUUAAAUUUGCAAGACCAUCGAAAAUCAAUGAGAAAAAUGCAUGCUACUUAAGUAGCCCCUUUUUGCCGAGUACGUUUUUUACAGAAGAUUAAAAAGCAUUGUGUUUCAAAGCCGACAUCCUGCCGAGUCCGAAAUACUAUACGAUUAGGCCGCAAAAUAAUCAGUAAAACAACCGCGUCUAAGUAAUCCUUCCUAAUCGAAAACUCGUUUCAGAAUUUCAGUCAAUAUUUCAUGAGAGGUCACUCACUAUUCUUGAUGGUAGCGGUAGGGUAAAUGACCCCAGCAACCUGUCGGUAGACUGUGGAUUGUAUCAUAGGGUAAUGAUGGUAAUGGGCGAGGGUUAGUGGGUAGGGCAGCACAACGAACAGAAAGCGAACUGAAUGCGAGAAAACGCAGGAGACGGUCGGUGACAAAAACAAUACUGUAAAGUAAAAUGAUGGAAGGAUUCAGAAACGGUAUCCAGCUGCAUAUUUCAUUGCGUUCCACCAGGAAAGAGUGCGUAAACAUGAAACCACUGAGCCAAUCCCUUGGCAAACACUUCUGGUAUUUCGCACAUCAUGCCCAGUUGGUCUGCGUUUUUUGUUUCUCCACUGUGGGUUAAAACUGCCGGUUUUCAGUACUGAACUAGAUUUCGCAAGUACAGCAGGUGGGCUUACUCAUGAAAUGUCAACCGAAAUUCUGAAAUGCAUUUUUGUUUCGAAAAGAUUAAUAAAGUAGGGUUUUAAAACUAGUCAGCCUGCAACAUAUUUCUAUAAUAAUUUAAUUACCUCAGGAUGCCGGCUUUCGAAUGAGCUUCCUUCCGGCUGCAUGUAAAAAAACGACAACAUAUGUAGGAUGAAUUUUUCUCAUUGAUUUUCAAUGACCUUAAAAAUUCAAUUAUAUUUCAUGAAAAGAAUGCAUGAAAACAUUAAUUCUUUUGCUCAUUCGGUAGACAAUUACGUCUUCUUCUGAUCUAAUACUCGAAGGAAGGGUAUUAAUCGGUUUUCACAGACUUUUCCAAUUCUCGGAUAAUUUUGAACCUGCUCUACCGUUACACUUGGAUUCAGGGUUUCGAAACGACAAGCCGUAUAUUUUCCGCGUGCGGAAAACCACACAUUUCUCUACGGCAUUAUGAGGAAACUGUAUGGGGUUCACAAAAUUUAACAGUGGACUUGAGCCAUAUUUUUAACUUUACAAGCCACAUUGGUAAAUGCAGAGGCAUGACGUUUUAUGAACGGUUAUUUCACGGUAUUAAAAAAUCUCACGAGUCGAAACUUUUUUAAAACCGAAUUAUGUCCCUUUCUUCGAGUAUAAAAUUAGAAGGAGACGUAAUCAUCUACCGAAUGAGCAAAAGAAUGCUUAUUUUUAUGUAUGCUUUCCUUGAAAUAUAAUUGGACUUUUAGGGGUAUCGAAAAUCAAUGAGAAAAAUUUCUUGCUACUUAAGUAGUCAUUUUUUACAGGGUGUAGUUUUUGCAUGCAGCAAAAAGAAAGUUCAUUCGAAAGCCGGCAUCCUGACGUAACUGAAUCCUUAUGGAAUUAUGCUGCAGGCUGACUAGUUUUGCAACCCUACUUAAUUAAUCUUUUUGAAACGAAAACGCAUUUCGGAAUUUCGGUUGACAUUUCAUGAGUUAGCCCACGUACUGUAGAUACAGCAGCACACCAACCACAGUCUGCCGACAUCCAAAUGGGGGUCCUUCAUCUCACCGCUGCCUUCUUUACUGUGCGUUAGACCUGCAUUUUAUCCGCCCUUCUUAAUGUUACACCUGUCCUUCUCUAUUACAUGCAGAUUCUGGAGUUGCGGGAAGUGCAUGCCUACCACGAGGGUACGUUCACCUGCGUGGCCGAGAACGCGCACGGCCAGGUGAGACACUCUGCAAGCCUACAAAUCUUGGACGCCUUGAAGCCGCAAAUAACGGACGCCCCUGCUGCCCAAGCCAAGGGCGGACCGGUUGGCAGUGACCUUGUACUGGUCUGUGCCGCCCGUGGACGUCCCCGUCCCAGCGUCUCCUGGCUCUGGAUGCGCACUACGUCAGCUCAACGACUGUCCACAGAGAACCGCUACAUUGUGCGUUCAGCCUCCAAGUUGCAGGCCAAACCCCUACAGACGGGUAUUCUGGAGGCGGAGGGGCCCUACAGUGAGGCCUUUGUAGACGGACCGGAAGAAUCGACCACCCUCAUUAUCCGAAAUGUCACAACGCGCGAUGUCGAGGGUAGAUACAUCUGCUACGCCGCAAACAGAGCCGGUUCCGCCAGAGUGAGCUCUGUCGUCACUCUGCAGACACAAGUGACUACCAUGGAGAGUGAGCAGGACAAAAGGCCUAUGAUGGACCAAGAGAUGAAGAUGGAUAAACAGUCCGGAAAAGGAGAAGGUGCCGACGGAGAAGCCUUGUCCACUGGGGAGUCCACGGAGGACCUGGUGAAGCGGGUCAUCGAAAAGGCACGCAAGCGCAUUGAUGCGGCCAUACAGCGAACCGCGGACAAUCUGCGCGACCCUGCGAAUCGCAGAACGGCCUCUGAUAUUGCUUCGCUCUUCCGACAACCCAGCAAGGCGGCUAUUGAGCUGGCGAGGGCAGCAGAAGUCUACGAGGCCGCCCUCGACGAGGUCACUCAGAUUCUGCAGAAACAGCGUAAGGAGGGACUGGGGAAGGAUGAAGAUCAUAUUUACCGUGCCGAUGAGGACUACGAUGAGCAGAAACGACUGGCUAUGGGGGUCCAGUUAACUGCAGAACAGUUGGCUAUACUGGCCCAGCUGUCGGGCUGUGUGCAGUCCCAGCGCGUUAACCCCUGCGAGAAACAGCUCUGUUUCCAUCUUCGAUACCGGUCCAUAGACGGCAGUUGUAAUAAUUUAAAGAAUCCCCGCUGGGGCACCGCACUGGCACCCUUUUAUAGACUUCUGCCGCCGGUCUACGAGAACGGAGUAAAUACGCCAGUGGGUUGGUCGCCGGAGAGACUGUACUUCGGGUUUCCCAAACCCUCGGCCCGCCUUGUCUCCUACACUCUCCUCGGGGAUGCCACAAAACUUCAAGUACAUACGAAGAAGUAGGUCCCCCUUAUGGAUUAUAUAACGAGUGAUAACUGAUUCCUAGAAGUACUUUCACGUCCUAUUUAUCACGAUCCCAUCGUCUGUGUGGUUUUGACAAAGAUCACAGUCAGAGUUGUCAUAAUCGUGUGAACUAACAGUUGAUGAGUCUUGUAUUCGAAUGUGAUCUUACGGAUCGUACUGACCCUUCCUGAAGUAUUAGCAGCGCCAAAAAUUUGCCCGUUUUUGUAAACUUGUUAGUAACAUUUAUUUUCUCAACACUUACCGCGGAGGAUAGGGGAAUUCGCCAAGCCAGAAAACUUGUAUCGCAGGACGGAAUCUAAUCGUUGACUUCUGGGUCAGACGCUCUGGCCUUGAGCAACGAUCAAUGCAUCUCUCAGUCAUGCAAUUUAUGGGCUUGCCCUUCUCCUUGGUUCGUAGGGAGUGUUCAGUGUAGCCUGGGCUAAUGGUUCUGAGUGCGUGUUGUUCCCUAUCCCUCAUAUUCGUAGCGUGGGCGAAUUUUCAAUACGUAUAAGGUAAAGUUAAUAGGAACAAUUAGCGUAUCCUUCUGAUGAUGAAAAUGAGGGGAGUUCUGAAGCGACAGUACAAAUGGAGUCCUGUCCAUGAACCUGUCUUCUUCUUUUUCUUCUUCCAAUAAGAAUAAUAAUAAUAAUAAUCAUCACCAUUAUCGUCGUCGUCGUCGUCGUCGUCGUCAUCAUCAUCAUCAUCAUCAUCAGCAGCAGCAGCAGCAACAACAACAGUAGUCGUAGUGGCGGUGGUUAUGGUGGUAGUCGUAGCGUUCUGACCCCAAUUUGUCUCGAAGUGGGGGUUGGGUGUGUCUAACGAUGACUUUCCAGCCGCCCCUGCUUUCUUUUUCUUCAGUAAGCAUCUAACAGCGUUGCAAAAAAGGACCCAUUUUGCAAUCCUUUCAGGCCAACUACGUGAUCUAUAUGCAUAAACAGAAUUUAUACUGCGUUACUGCAUAUGGCCCCGGCCUUGGAGAGAGCAACUUUCUCAGUUACUUAAGUCGGCCUUGGGGAGUGAAGAAACUCUAGGAGUUGCAGUGCGGAGUUUUUGCUUUCCUUCAUCAUGUAAUACGAGUUUUAUAGGUUGGGCUAAACGGCGGAAAGGAGCACGCGGUAAUAGGUAAACCGGAUAAAGUUCGAGGUGGUAUGUUGCGUUCCCGCGCUAGAUUUCUCUACAGCUAAUUGCAAAUGAGCAUACGUACCAGGAACCCGAUUCCUGAGGAAUGAUGAGGUUAUCGAGAUAUCUACCAGUGCAAGCAAAUGCCGAGCAUUUUUUGCGAUUCUUGCAGUUUGUUUUCACAAAGGAAGUAGAUUACGCUCCAUCUAGCUACAAGAGCGCAGAAGCGUCAAGUAUAAAAAAGGCGAGGACGCAAUAUGCCACGAUGACCUGGUUUUUGUUCCCUGAGCGGGGUUGCAUCGGUCUUACAAUUGAACGGCUCGGUGACAGUAAAUUGGCCAACGUCGCACCAUCCCAUGUCAUCUUCCCACUCCCCUUUCAGAUUGCAAACACUCAAUGAACAAAUUAAACUGGCAGGAAUGCAUAACAUGUCGACGAAGCGACCGAUGGUGGCCGGUAUCCCUCCGGGCUUCACUCUUGAGGAGGAACUCUUUGAUGAGGAUGAUGAGACCUCCGCCAUGUUAAUGCAAUGGGGCCAGUUUCUGGAUCAUGAUCUAGACUUCACACCAGUGGACGCCUCCACCAGUCGGUUCAGCGACGGCCUAGGCUGCAAUGAGACCUGCAUCAAUGACCCACCCUGCUUCCCCAUUAUCACUCCACCGGGUGAUCCGAGGAUUCGUUCGCGUUGCAUUGGGUUUGCCAGGUCCAGCGCGACCUGUGGCUCGGGCUCCACUUCUAUCCUCCUGGGCCGGCCGCAACAUCGAGAACAAAUCAAUCAAA